ACGUUAGAUCAGGUUUGGUUGAGAGGUCCCGGUCCUGAGCGCACCGCACCGCAGCACAAGCAGCGGCGUAAGAGGAAGAGCCAGUAAGCAAUUCUUCGGAAGAUGGAGCCUAGAGAUACAGAGUUCAACAUAUUGCUCGCUACAGACUCCUAUAAGGUGACACACUAUAAGCAGUAUCCUCCCAAUACAAGUAAGGUUUAUUCAUACUUUGAAUGUCGUGAAAAGAAGACUGAAGACUUGAAAGCUAGAAAAGUGAAAUAUGAGGAAACUGUAUUUUAUGGCUUGCAGUAUAUUCUGCAUAAAUACUUAAAAGGUAAAGUUGUGACAUCUGAAAAAAUACAGGAAGCAAAGGAAGUCUACAGAGAACAUUUCCAAGAUGAUGUUUUUAAUGAGAAGGGAUGGAACUACAUUUUAGAGAAAUAUGAUGGUCAUCUUCCCAUUGAAAUUAAAGCUGUCCCUGAGGGUAGUGUUAUUCCACGAGGCAAUGUACUCUUCACGGUUGAGAGCACUGACCCUGAGUGCUACUGGUUAACCAAUUGGGUUGAGACAAUACUUGUCCAGAUCUGGUACCCAAUUACAGUUGCUACUAAUUCUAGAGAACAGAAGAAAAUACUGGCAAAGUAUCUAAUGAAAACCUCUGGAAAUUUAAAUGGCCUUGAGUAUAAACUACAUGAUUUUGGAUACAGAGGAGUCUCAUCCCAAGAGACAGCGGGGAUUGGUGCAUCAGCUCAUUUGGUGAAUUUUAAAGGAACGGAUACUGUUGCUGGAAUUGGUGUAGUAAAGAAAUACUAUGGAACAAAGGACCCAGUUCCUGGAUUUUCUGUUCCAGCAGCAGAACACAGCACUAUAACUGCAUGGGGAAAGGAUCACGAAAAAGAUGCUUUUGAACACAUUGUGAAGCAGUUCUCUUCAGUACCAGUGUCAAUAGUCAGUGACAGUUAUGACAUUUACAAUGCAUGUGAAAAGAUUUGGGGUGAAGACUUGAGGAGUUUGAUUGUAAGCCGAAGUGCAGAUGCUCCUCUGGUUAUCAGACCUGACUCGGGAAACCCACUGGACACCGUGUUGAAGGUCCUGGAGAUCCUUGGAAGAAGGUUUCCACCAACCGAAAACAGUAAGGGGUAUAAGGUGUUACCCCCAUAUAUCCGAGUAAUCCAGGGAGAUGGUGUGGACAUUAAUACUUUGCAAGAGAUUGUUGAAGGCAUGCACAAACACAGUUGGAGUAUUGAGAACAUUGCCUUUGGAUCAGGAGGAGCUUUGUUACAGAAGUUAACUAGAGACCUUCUUAACUGCUCAUUCAAAUGCAGUUAUGUGGUCACCAAUGGUCGAGGGGUUAAUGUGUUUAAAGACCCGGUUGCAGAUCCAAACAAAAGAUCAAAAAAAGGACGUCUUUCAUUGCACAGAACGCAAAAUGGAGACUUUGUUACUCUUGAAGAGGGUAAAGGAGAUCUAGAGGAAUAUGGAGAGGAUCUGCUUCAUACAGUUUUUAAGAAUGGAAAAAUUCUUAAGACAUAUACAUUUGACGAAGUGAGAGAAAAUGCCAAAUUAAAAGAAACUGAAAUUGAAGAGCUACACCAGUGAAUCACAUUCCAAAUCUGUGUGUGUUUGUAUGUGUGUGCCUGUGUGAAUGUGUGGGGAGUGGAAGAAAUAGUCCUCGGAAAAUAGUGUUCGCCUACUCUGCCCUUUUCAGUUAAAAGCACAGUGCUUGGGAGUGUUUAAUAAUGGAAGACUCUAAGAAAAUUAUUAUUAAACAGUUGAAAAUCAGUGGUAUAGUACCAGUACCAGAGAGCUUUAUACAAUGAGAACAUAGUACAACUGACUGUGUACAGAUUUAUUUUGUUUUUAAAUUUUAGAAACUACUGAACUUUUAUUGUACAGUUGUAGAUGAAGUGAAAAAGAGCAAGACCAUAUUGCCAUAAGUUGAACUGAUGCAGUCUGUAUUGUAUAUAGAUCCAAAGGAAUUUCUGGCAAUAUGCGUAAAAAGAUAAAUAUUCAUUUAUGCAACUUUUUAAAAAAUCCAAACUUUGUUCCUCAGUAGACGGUACAACUACUGUUACAGUAAACGUUGGAGAAUGUUAAAGUAGUUUAUGCUGCACUAAAUACAUUACCCUAAAAUUAAUGCCUCCAAUUUUUUUUUGUAUAAAAGUGUCAUUUUUUCCAUCUGAUGUAUUUGUAAAGCUUCAAGAGCAUAAAGGUGAAAGGGAUAUUUAAAUGUAACUAAUAAUUCACUCAAUAUUUAUGCCACUGGUAAAAACGUUUUAGAACACCUCAGUUUUUCUUCAAAUGUUCUUCAGGGAGCAACUAAUGGGUUACAACCUACAGGUGUUCUGCUGGAAUUAAUGUAAAUUAAGCCUUGCAAUUUGAAGCAUACAGUUUGCACAGGUGUCCCAACUUCCGUUGAUUACUUUAAAACCCUCUUGUCUGUCUUCAAGCAGAGUUAGAACAGAUUGUGUUACUAAACCCUCUGAAGUACUACUUGGACAAUAUUCCAGUAAUAAUAGCAAGAAAACAGUAAUUAACAAAUAGAUAGAUAGAUACUUUAUUAAUCCCAAGGGGAAAUUCACACAUGAAAUGAUACCAAGCAUUAUUACCCUUAGAAGUGUAGGCCUUUCAUUUAGAGAAAUUGUUUAUAUUAAAAAAAAAUAAAAUAAAGAAAGUGUCAGUAAGUAUGGUGUCAUACUCAAUCCAAAGGCAAUCAGAAACUGAAAGAAACUCUGGUAGGAAGAAAUCUUAAAGACACAAAAUCACAACCUAAUCAGAAGACAAGUGUCUGAGGGUCACCAGCCUGCAUGAUAGAUGCCUCACAGCACAACAGCUUCCAAGCACAGAAAGUCUUCUGGACCGAUGACUCAAAAUUUGAAAUUCUGCAGGGUGUUUGUACAUCGUUGAGUUGGUGAAAGGAUGGUUGCUCAGUGUGUGACACCAACUGUCAAACAUGGAGGAGGAAGUGUGAUGGUCUGGGGUUCUUUUGCUGGAGGCCGAGUUGGUGACUUGCACAGAGUGACUUGCAUUCUGAAUAAAAAGGGUUACCACAGCACUUUGCAGCACCACACAAUACCUUUUGGUCUGUGUCUAGUAAAAGUAUACCUCCUGGCUAUGUUAUAAUUACGUUAAAAGAAAAAAAAAACCAAGAAGGUACACUUCAAAACAUGGAUUGGCCAGAACAGUUUCCAGACUUAAACCCCAUUGAGUUAGUUUGGGAUGGACUUGACUGGACAGAAGGGUGAAAGGAAAGCAACCUACAAGUGUAACACAUUUGUGGGAACUUCUGCAACAGUGUUGGGAAGAUCUUUUCUGACCAAUAUUUAUUUGAUUUCCUUUAUCGAAAGAAUGCCACAUGUGUGUUUGGCUGUUGUAUCAGCAAAAGGUGGCUACUCUGAAUUAAAAAUUUGAAUAAAAAAAUGUGCACACUUUAUGAUUCCUUGACUUAUUUUUUUCUUUAUUUACUAUUGUACAGUAUAUUUGUUCUAUGCCUUUAUGUCAUGAAACAUUGACUCUAAACUCAAUAACUUCAAUAAAACUGAAAAAACUGAAGUGUUCUAAAACUUUUGACUGGUAGUAUAUGUCAGGUCUGCAUUCACUUCCAAGUCAAAAACAAAAAUCAUGCAACUGGCCCUCUCUUUAAAAAUACAAACCUGGAUAGGUAGCAAUAAUUACUGCCUUGUUAAACUACAAAUGCAAUAUAUUAGACGCCGAAUGAAUGCCAUGAAGCCUCAGUGUGAAAUGGUUCGCGUCUGUCUUCUGCAGUCCAACCUUGUCUUAGUUUUUACCUCUUUUCUUCAUUUUGCCAGUACAGGAUAUUUGGGGAAAGCUCUGAUAUUAUAUUACUGUUUAAUCAACAGUAAAAUAAAACUGGAAACCACGAAUAAUUAUUUUGCCUAGAAUUUAUAUUUUAAAUAUUAAAAUAUUUUUCAUUAAAUGAAGAAACAUUGUUCGAAUCACUUCUGCAUUUUAAUGUUUGCUGUAGAUAUCUGUGUCCAAACUGCCGCCUUAAUAGGUAGUUUCCCUUAUGUAAGGGUAUAUGCUAUACAGAAUGAUACUUUUCUAGACUUAUAUAUAUAUAUAUAUAUAUUAUCACAGUACAGCUGAAACUAUUUUAUACCAAUGAAAAUUUAAUGUAAAUCCUAAGUUUCCUUAAAAUUGUGUUGUAUCUAGUCAGCAUCUGAGCUUCAAGUGAGUGUUCAGUAUAUUGAAUGAAUGCUGUUUCAAAAAAAUAUUUUUUGUAAUUUAAAAAGCUUGUAAAGAGUAAAGUUUUAUGUGUUGGUGUAUUGUUUUCAAAUCUAAAAUAUUUUUUUCAAACUUUUGUAUAACAUGCUGUGGCUAUAUCGUCAUUAAUAUUAAAGUGAACACCCUAUCUUUUUGUUUAAA